GAUCAGCUGAUCGGCUUGUUUUCACUGUGGCGGCGGACAAAGGUCACCAAACGCCACGCAUGAUGGGAAAUGUAGUCCGUCGUUCAGAAUUGAAGCCUGAUGGGAAAUUUAGUCCUUUGUUAACAGACCUUAAACACAAUAAUCUUCCUUUUUAAGUGACACUAAUAUAUAAGUCUAAUCAUAUAAAAGAACCAAUUUUCGAAAAGUUGCGUCAAACUUGUCUAUCACUUACCUUUUUAAUUAUGCACUCAAUGUCCCACAAUGCAAUGUGGUGUUAUUAUUUUUUUUUACAUCCGAGGUCACGACCAUGAAUGUCACUGGAUAAUCGUGCAGCAGUGUUUGAAUAGUUUAUAACAUUUCUAAAGGCAAUAUAGAUUUUUUUAAAGACUUUUUUAUGUUUUGACCCCGAGGUCUGCCACAGAUCAACAUGGCGGAAGAAGAGUUCACAGAUAUAAAUGGGAACUCGAUUUCUUUACAUUGUCAAACUCACUCUGCUUUUUGCAGAGAAUUUGCUGUUAACUCACCCAAAAUGUCGUUGCGCAAAGUGAUGGUGUACACCUGCUUCAUUUGGCUUUUCGCUUAUGCUGUAUUUUUCUUCACUGAGAACACUGCUGUCCUCUCGAGUGCCAUCAUCGUCACGCUUUUGGGAAUGAUCAUUCAUAUUCAUUUUGUGAAAGUGGACCAAGAGACGCUGCUCAUCAUUGGCUCACUUGGUGUCCAGCUGACUUCAUCUUAUGCAUCUGGACGAGAAAGCACAACCUUCAUUGAGAUGAGCAAACUUAAAGACAUUGUCAUCAAUGAGGCUGUGUAUAUGCACAGUAUCAUUUAUUACCUGUGCAUUCUGAUCAAGGAUCCAGCAGAUCCUGAGAAGGUGACCAGUGUUGUUCCACUUUUCCAGAGUUCAAAGCCUCGGCUGAAUUGUUUAGUUCACGUGUACAGAAGCUGUCAGGAGAUUAUUGCACAAUCAAGAUGAGUGUUUCUUUAAAACAGGAAGAUGAGAACACCUGUAAAUACCUACACCUACACUGCAAAUCCUUUUUGUUAGAUACAUUGAUAACACUUUAUAAAUAAGGUUGUAUUUGAAAACAUUAGUAAAUGCGUUUGAUUUCUGUAUUAGUACAUGCUAAAAUGAACCUGAACUAAGAUUUUUUAUUAUUCACUGUUAGUUUAUGUUAGAUAAAAAUGUUACCACUUUGUUAUACAUUGCAAAAAAAUUACUUUCUUAGUAUUUUUGUCUUGUUUUUAGUAUAAAUACCUAAAAAAUCUUAAAUCAAGAUGUAUUAUCUUGAUAAGCAAAAUUACCUUAGAAAAUAAGUCUAGUUUUUAGACAAAAAAUAUACAAUUUUAGUGAAUUUAUGCUUAAAACAAGCAAAAAUAUCUGCCAGUCGGGUGAGAAAAUUUUUUUUACCACAAAAAAUUUUUGGAGUGUAAAAGUUAAUAGUAGGAACAGUAUUCAAGGUUUAUUUAAGAACAUUAUUAUCUACUAAUCCAAAAUAGGUGCAGUUUCCUGAAUAGGCUUUAGAUUAAUCCAGGACUAGCCCGGUUGCAUAAAGCACUUUAAGUGUAAUUUUCCCUUAAAUUCACCCUUAUGUUUCCCUUAAACUUAAAGGUGUUGCAGAAAAACCCCUUAAGUGUUUUCUGUUGCGUCACCAUGGCAACAAUUGUUUUAUAACGGCAAAGCUGGGUCGCUGUCGUGAAACGUGAUUACCUUUACCUAAGAGAACCAUUUAAGGGAUUAUACUGUAUGCAACACCCUUAAAUUAUUAUCUUAGAUAAAGGAAAUUUACCCCUUACCCCUUAGUGUCAUACUUAAGGGAAAAACUUUAGGUGCUUUAUAAGUUAUAUUAGGACAUGUAGGCUAUGUAGUUUUUUACCAACAAACCUUACAAAUAAACAAUAUUGGUGUGCAUCUUGACACAAACCAAUGGCACUCAUGUAUGUUAAGAUAUGUCAGGGUAAGGUGUUUUUAAAUUAAGGCAGCUCAAACGUACAUUUUAGUCUGGGACUAGGAUAAGUCCUGUCUGGGAAACUGCCCCUUAGUAUUCCUUUGUGUGUUUUUACUGUAUUCUUGUGUUCAUACAUAAACGACACUCCUGCUGAUUUUGGUAUUUUCCCUUUUCUAAAUGUUGUUAAUGUUUUUUGUUUUUUUUGUUUUUAUAAAUUAAAAAACUAAAUAGAUUAAUUUACAAAGCUGUCGAUUGUCCUUCUAAAAACAACCACUAGGGGGAAAUGUGUGCCAAUUUUUGGAUCUGUAAUAAAAUUCAGAACAAAUUUAGUUAAUUAGAUGUUAAUGAUAAAAUGAAUAUUUCCUGUUUGGUGCUGUUUUUAACAAUUGAAUGUUUUAAUGAUUGGUUUAGUAUUUCAAUUACACAUUUAUAGAUCAAUGAAAAUAAAACCACUGUAAUUUAAAUGACAUUUGCAAAUAAAUGUUAUGUUUAUAAUAAAAUAAAGUUAAAUGGAAAAAGUCUAAAAA